UGCAAAUGAUGCAGCCAAAACAAAAAACAUCGGAAAGGUGUCUGAGAAACCACUCCACCAUUGCACGGAGGAGGAUGAGAUCAAAUAACACAAAUUCUACGAAAGUACCAAGGUGGUCUGAGAUCCCACCAGAAUUACUGCAGUUGCUCCUGGAAAAGCUUCCCUCAUAUUUCGUCCACACCCUUCGAUUCAAAGCUGUUUGUCCUUCUUGGAAUCACGCUGCAAAAUCGUAUGUCUCCGGCCCAUCUUAUACACCACUGCCUCAAUCUCCAUGGCUCAUGCUCCCCGCUCAACGCCGGAAGAAGCGCCUCCCUAGUGAUCCUGAUGUGGAGGAGGAGGAGGGCUGCUUCUUUAGCCUAGCUGAGGAAAAGGUUUACAGGAUCAAGAGGAAUGUGUUUAGAGGCUUACGUGACGACUCUUAUUGGUCUCGGUGUGUGGGAUCAUCACAUGGGUGGCUAGCCAUUUGGAAUCCGAAAGCCGGGGAGAUAUUCAAAGAAAUCAUUUACCUUGCCAAUCCAAUUUGUGGUGAAAGUCGGACGCUUCCUCCGUUGCACGUUCCUCACAUUUCCAAAGUUGUCCUAUCCUGGAACCCCUCUCGCAAUCACAACUUUGUCGUUGUGGUGGCGAGUCACGGCGGGGGUGUAGGACGUCUAGAAUUCUAUAAGCAUGGCGGAGGUAACACUGCGUGGACCAAGCUAGACUUAGUUAGAGAACGUAAGUACUGUGAGAUUGUGUUCCACAAUUGGCAUUUGUUUGCAUUAUGCAGCGACCACUCAGUUCAUGUUUGGGACUUCGGUGAAACCUACAAUCAUCCCAAGAAAACCAUGGAGUUACAACCUUUGAUGGAGCAAAUGGUUUACGGUGAUGGCGACGGCAUAAGGCAUCGGUUGGUGGAGUCGAUGGGUGAGAUUUUGCUUGUGGAGCACGGACCGUUGCUCUACUCUAGUUGGGAUGAAAUAUCAGUGCCCUUUUAUGUCUACAAGUUAAACUUUGAUGCCAAAAUGUGGGAGAAGGUUGACUCUUUGGGCGAUCGUGCUAUAUUUCUUGUUGAAAAUCUGCCAACCAUGUCGUUAUCCACCCAUAAAUUGCCAGAACUCGAGGAAAACUCGAUUUACUUCACAGGCGAGGUGAGUGACUUGGUGCCCGAUGGGCGGCCUUGUGAUUUUUUUGAAUUUCAUCUUGGAGUAUACAAUUUAGAAACCAAAGUUGUUAAGUCGCUCUAUAAAUCUCGACUGGCUGGGAACAGAAAUAAUAAUUCGGAACCCGUUUGGAUUGUUCCCAAUCCACAGUGAGUUGAAUAAAGUGGAAGCUUUUAAACAUGUUUUGUUUUCGUCUACACAGUACUGU